UAUGUGAGGGAAAAGAAAAGAAGAGAUCACAAUUCACAUUGGCAUCAGCCCCUGAAACCGAAACCGAAACCCUAAAAUUUGGCUUGCGCCAUAUAGAGUGGUGUGAGAAUGGGAGAGAUAUACAUCCAUCGGAGAUUUAUACCACCGAUUGACGACCCCAUAUUUUCGACUUCGAGGAGUGCAGCACUAUUUGGGACGCCUUACAAGAAGUUACCAUUCCCGAUGCCCAUGAAGAUCCCCCUCUCGAUUUGCUGCGACACCUGCUCCUAUUACAUCCGCCGCGGCAAAACCAUUCUCUCUCGCAAGGAGCAGGUCAUCGGCGAGGAUUGCAUGGGAAGUCCGAUCUACCGCUUCCGCUUCAACUGUACAAAGUGUUCUGCUCCCCUCAGCAUCAAGGCAGACCAUGUAAAUCUUGACCGCGUUGUUGAGUCUGGCGCUACCAGAAUGACUGAAGAAGAAGAGCGUCAGGUUGCAGUCAAGAAGAGACGACGGGUUCGGGUUAGGAAAGCUGCUGAAGAAGAAGUAGUGGGGGAUGGGGAUGCGGAUGCAAUGAAAUCUUCAGAGAACAAAAGAGAGAUUGCUGCGCUGGAUGAUGAGGAGGUUGCAGUGAAGAAAGGACGGAUUGGGGAAGCAGCUGAAGAGGUGGGGCUUGCACUGAAUUCUUUAGAGAACAGAACAUUUGAUUCUAAAAGAGAGAUUGCUGCGCUGGAUGGGAUGAAAUCCAUGGAGGGUUUUGGUUGCUCCGAGGUUUUUCUCUCUGAUAAUGCUUGAUCCCCGACCAGGACAGGCAGAAUCAAAGACUGAUAACAAAAAAAUCAGAGCAGCUCCCUCUGAAGUUUCAUCCGUCCUUGCUGUGGGGUUGCAGUAGCAAAGAUGGUUGGAGAACUUUUUCAACAAAGAUGGUGGUCACUAGACAUUAAUGUUUAUGUAAAUCUUGCACGAUGUUAGUGGUGGUAUAAUGGAUAUGUAUUAUGGAACAAUGAAGUGUCUUUGAUGGUUUUGUAUUAAAUCUUUGGAGGGGUAUAGUAUUAUGUUAGGUAUCAUGAAUGGUUGUGUAUAUAAACUAUGGUUAUGUGUAAGUGUUAGGACAAAAUAGGCUUCUGCCCUUUUCGGGCAAAUUAAUUAGCUUUUUGUCCUUCUUCCCAAACUAAA